UUGUUUUAAAAUAUUCGAAGACUGUUUUUUUCCUUUUAUUUUUAAAGUUAGGAGGCAUAUUUUAAAAACUACGCUUUCACGAAUGUGCUCGAAGGUGCCAAAUCUUCCAUCAAUUCAGUCUACCGGCUUUUAAGGGAAGGACAGAUCGGAUAAUGCAGACCUAGAGAAAAGUGGAAUGUUUGCGACUGCAAUAGCAUUGUUCAUAAGUCUGCUUGGAGUAGAGUUAACCUGGGGCUAUACAACCACAGUGAUAACAGGGAAAAUAACAGUAAAAACGAACCAUCGAGGGAUCUUCUGCGCAAUAGCUCGACCUGCUAGAAAUAGCAGCCAAUCCUACCUUAAAUUACACCUUACCGUCUUUUAAGAAAAUAGGACACGUUGAAUAAUGUAGUCUAAGAUACGUAAUGUUAGAGAGGAUAGACCCGUCAUGGUUCAAAUGCUUUUGACCUGGAACAAAACAAUGACAACAGCAGCAAGCCACGUUUAACUGUCACAACUAGAGGAAUGACAGCAGUAACAACAAACUACAGCAGCUGCAGCAAGACACACCGCCACCAACAGCUGAAGUACCCAAACUAUCACAAACCACGGCACCCCUUCCCUCGUUUUAUCACAGACAGUCAGAUUUUAUGACGAUUCUUCCCCGUGUUCAGGUUGUGCUUACAUUUCGCUCCAUUCUGAAAACUUAGCAGUUGAUGUACUUCUGCCUCCACCCCUCACAACCAUAGAAAGGAUUAUUAUUAUUAUUAUUUACAACCACUGAGAAGUAUCUCACACAACCUGCUACCACCCUCCCCUAUCACCGUAUUCCUUCUUCACCUCAACUAUUCGCUAUUUUCUCAUUACUUACUCGGAUUUUUACUGAGACGUACGUACAUCUAUAAAAUUGGUUUGCAGAUAGAAAAUAUAAAAUGAUUUCCAAGAAGUCUAUUCAACAAAAUAAGAAAAAGAAAAAAAUUGUGAAGAAACCAAAACCACCUGAAGAGAAUGAUUCUCCUAUCUUACCAAGAGGGCAGUAUAAUUUGGACUUUUUGGAUGAUAUUAACCCAUUUGUUUCUCGAAACAAAUUAGGAGACUCUCCUCCCAACUCAGAUGAUAACAUAGAUAUAAACCCCUUUGAAACAAAAACUAAAAUUGCCUCUUCUCCACCACUUGCACCUAAGUUUAGUAAACCAGAUUCAAUGGAUAAUUCUGAUCCAUUUCUAUCAAAAACUAAUAAUCUUGGCUAUUCUCCCAAUCAAUCUAAUGACCGAAAUAUUGAAGAAAAUGGUAAUACAACAGUGAGUGAUUUCUAUGAAAAUGAAGAAGAGCAGAAAGAUGACUUGAACAACCAGAAAGAGUUUAUCACUGAUAAAAUGGUGGAUAAUUCCAAUGAGUUUUCUCAUGCAAUUUUUGAUAAUGAUCUUCAAGACAGUGAGGUAGAUAUGAAAAAUUUCGAUAACUGUCCAAGUGGUUUGGAAGAAGUUGGCUUAAAGCAUGAGUCAGAGUUUUCUACUGAUACAAGUUAUUCAAAGAUGCCAGAAGACAAUAUUAAACAUGCUGGCCUAAAUGCCAGUGAUGUUUUAGAUGUUUCUAAUGUGGAAAAAAAUGGUAAUACAGCAGUUAGUGAUGAUUUUUAUGAAAAUGAAGAUCAGAACUUGAUGACAGAUGACUUGAACAACCAGAAAGAGUUUACCACUGAUAAAAUGGUUGAUAAUUCCCAUGAGUUUUCUCAUGAAAUUCUUGAUAAUGAUUUUCAGGAAAAUGAGGUAGAUAUGAAAAAUUUUGAUAACUGUUCAAGUAGUUUGGAAGAAGGCUUAAAGCAUGAAUCAAAAUUUUCUACAGAUACCAGUUGUUCAAAGAUGCCAGAAGACAAUAUUAAACAUGGUGGCCUUAAUGCCAGUGAAGUUUUAGAUGUUUCCAAUGUGGUGAUGAGAAAUAAUGAUGAUGAUGAUGAAGAUGACGAGGAUCUUGAAUUUACAGAUGCUUUAUCCAAUGAAGAUGAACUCAUGCAAUUUGAUGAUGAAUUGCCUGCAAAGAAGUUUGAUUACAAAGAAAAUUUGGAGGCAAAGAAUAGUGAAAACUUAAAUGUUUCUGAGAAUAUUGAUCAUCCAGAACAAUGUGAAAUUGAUGAUCCUGAUGUCAUGUUGGAUUCAAUUGAAAUGGACAAGAACUUCAAAGAGAAUGGAAAUAAUUUACUAAAUGUCAUUGAUUCCUCAUCAAAAGACAUUGAUUUGAAUAAAAUGUCGCUUUCUGAAUCUGGAAUAGAUAUAGAAGAUAAGCAUCUGAAACCUGAUGAUGCAUCUUUAUGUAUCAGUAAAGAUGACAGUCAUGAGAUCCUUGAUGAUAAUGAAGAAUUGUCCACACAAAAGGACAAAGAGUUUCUUCUGUUUGAAAAGCUAGAAAAUGAAAUGACAUCUGAUUCGAUAACUUCAAGUCCAAAUUUAUGUGAAGACAGUGGUAUUGGGGAAAGUAUUGUGACAUCAUGCAGUGAAGAUCUUGGUAAAGGAGAUGAUUUAAGAAGUGAAGAAGGUAUGGAUUCCUUGCCUCUCAGCCCUAGUGACAACUGUGACCUCACAAAUUUGGCAACUUCCCCAAAGGAUGAAACUUGUUUUGAUGAAGAACUCCAACCUGAAGCAAUGAUUAUCAAAGGCAAUACUUUUUCUUCUGAAAAUGGUGAGAAACUUCAUUCUGACAAUGAUUUUGGGAAUGGUCGUAUUUCCUUGGCAGUCAAGGAAGAAUCAGACGAAAAUGUAACCAAAGAAUUAUAUACAGAAACAGGCAUAAAAGACACUGAUCUAGCUUUAGAAGAUAAAUUGAAAGAUGGUCAGGGCACUGUUUCAGAAAAGGAAAAUUUGGGAACUACAAGGAAAAAUCCCCCUCUAGAUUAUGAUACUGGAAAUAUUCCUGAAUUUAGCUUAGAAGACAAUGAUUUAAAUUCAGAUGAAAAUUAUUGUACAAAUUCUAAAAUUCUUGAAGAAUUAAAAGUUCUGUCAAUAGAUACUAAUAGAGAAGAGCUAAGUACUGAUAGAGAUAAUGAAGAUAUAGAUUUAGCUUUGAAAAUUAGUGAGUCUGAGAAAACAGGCCCUAAAAUAAAUUUAAAUGGCCAGAGUAAUAACACAAAUUUAAUGAGAAAAGAUGUGGAAAAUAUUUAUUUUAGCACACAGGGUGAUCAGAGUAGAUUGAAUGAUGAGUCUGAUGAGUUUACAGAUGUUGAAAUUAAGGAUAAUUUGACUACUUUAAGGAACAGUGGGAAUUGCUCUGGUGCAGCUUCCAAGGAAAAUGAAGUGGAAGAUAUUGAAUCAGAAAAACAUGAACAAAAUAAUUUUAGUGAAUAUAUCUCUGAUAAAUUGCAACUAACAGAAGAUAGUAUUUUAGGGUCUCAGAUUGACAAACAACUGACUGAGAAUGUUCUUAAAUGUACAGAAAAUAAUGCAGAUGCUGAAAACUCCUUAGUUGCUACUAAUAAAAGUAUCAUUUCAGGAACUGAAAUGAAUUCAAAUGAACUCAGAGAAUCGACUGAAGAACCUUUAAUUGCUUGUAAUAAAGGUUCUCUUUUAGAAUCUCAGAUUGAUGAAAAUUUGGCAAACAGCGACCCUGAUAAUUUGAUUGAAGAUAUUACAGGUGAUAAACAAGAACUCUUAGUUGAAAGUGAUAAAGAACCCUUAAUUAAAGGUGAUAAAGAUAUUCUUUUGGAAUCUCAGAUUGAUGAAAAUUUGGCAAACAGUGCCCCUAGUAAUUUGACUGAAGAUAUUACAGGUGAUGAAGAAUCGUUAGUUGAUGGUUUUAAAGAACCCUUAGUUAGAGGUGAUAAAGGUGAUAAAUCUCAAAUUGAUGAAGGCUUGGUAAACAGUGCCCCUAGUAAUUUUAGUGAGGAUAUUACUGGUGAUAAAGAACCCUUAGUUAAAGGUGAUAAAGACACCCUUUCGGAAUCUCAAAUUGAUGAAAAUUUGCCAAAAAGUGUCCCCAAUAAUUUAACUGAUGAUCUUACAGUUGAUAAAGAACCCUUAAUUGAAGGUGAUAAAGGUACCCUUUUGGAAUCUCAAAUUGAUGAAAAUUUGGCAAGCAGUGUUCCUAGUAAUUUGACUGAUGAUCUUACAGUUGAUAAAGAACCCUUAAUUGAAGGUGAUAAAGGUACCCUUUUGGAAUCUCAAAUUGAUGAAAAUUUGGCAAGCAGUGUUCCUAGUAAUUUGACUGAUGAUCUUAUAGGUGAUAAAGAACCCUUAGCUGAAAAUGAUAAAAAUAUCCUUUUGGAAUCUCAGAUUAAUGAAAAUUUGGCAGAUAGUACCCCUAAUAAUUUGAGUGAAGAUAUUACAGGUGAUGAAGAACCCUUAGUUGAAGGUGAUAAAGGUACCUUUUGGGAACCUCAAAUUGAUGAAAAUUUGGCAGAUAGUGGCCCUAAUGAUUUUAUUGAAGAUAUUACAGAUGAUGAAGAACCCUUAGUUGAAGGUGAUAAAUGUGCCCUUUUGGAAUCUCGAAUUGAUGAAAAUUUGGCAAACAGUGACCCUAGUAAUUUAAAUGAUGAUCUUACAUUUGAUAAAAAACCCUUAGUUGAAGGUGAUAAGGGUACCCUUUUGGAAUCCCAAAUUGAUGAAAAUUUGGCAGAUAGUGAUCCUAAUAAUUUAACUGAUGAUCUGACAUUUGAUAAAAAACACUUAGUUGAAGGUGAUAGAGGUACCCUUUUGGAAUCUCGGAUUGAUGAAAAUUUGGCAAACAGUGACCUUAGUAAUUUGACUGAAGAUCUUACAAAUGAGAAAGAGCCCUUAGUUGAAAAUAAAGAUACUCUUCUGGAAUCUCCAGUUGAAAUGCAGGUCAAUGACAGUGCCUUCUCUAAUUUUGAUGAAGAUAUUAAAGAUGAUAGAGAUCCUUUAGCUAUAAAUGAUAACAUACUUUUAAAAUCUCAAGUUGAGAAAGAUUAUUCAGAGAAGACUCAGAAAAUAUCAACAAGCACUGAUUCCUUAGUUGAUACUCAAACUGAAGAAGAUGAGAAUGACUCUUUAACUAAUGAGUUGAAUGAUGAUGCUCUACUAUUAUCUGGUGCCAAUAUUUCCAAUACUGUAAGAGAUGACAGAAAAAGUAAUGAAAGUGCUUUUAAAGAACCUUUUCAUGAUUUAAAUCUUGAGGAAGUUUCUCAAAAUGAUGAGUUGUCACAGAAUAAUGACAGCCUUACUACUGAAGACUUUUCAGUAGCUGAAAAUAAAGAAUUCAAGCCUAAUGAACAGUCACCUGAAUAUGUAAACAAUAAUACAGGGUUAGGUGGGAGUGUUGAAGUUGACGAGGAAAACAACUUUGACAAUGUAAUAGAGACUGAUGAUGAUGUCACUUUACAGAAUAAGUCUCCUUUUGACUCUGAUGAGGAGUCUGGAACUUUUGAUACCACAAAAGAAGUUCUUUCUGCCAACUUUGAAAACCUAACUAAUGAAAGUAGUACUUUAGCAUCUUUAAAUGACACAUUUAGUGCAGAAAAUUUUAACAAUGUUAACAAAUCUAGUGAUAUAGUUGAAAAAUUGUCAGAAACCCUGGGAAAACCAGAUCAAGCUGCUACUAGAGAAUCUUUGUUAGAAAAAGUAAUGAUAGAAAAUUCUGCAGAUCAGAAGCCAUUGGUUGGCUUUGAUACUUCAGAAAGUGCAUUUCAUUUGCCUCUUGGGGAAAAUGAAACCAGUAAAACAGACCAAAGUCCUUGUCAAAUUCCAGCAGUUCAAUGUCCCUCUGAGAAGGAUACAAAAUAUCAAAAAGAAUCUCAAAGUUUAGGUGAAGCAAAUGAAAAAUUAGUGCCAAUUGAAAAUUCAAAUCAUCCUCUUUCAGAAAUUAAUCAAGAAUUUAAGCUUCCUAAACAGCUUGAAAAACCUCAGUCUAAUGAAUUAGCUAGUUCUGCUAAGAAUAAAAUGCUAGACUUUGUAGAGAAAGUUGAUAAUGAUUCUUCUAAUCUGAUAAGCAAAGAUCCAUCUGCUCCUGAAGGUUAUUUCAAUGAUGACAGUGCAUCUGUUUUUGCAUCAUUAAUUAUUGGAUCACAACGUUUAGUUAGUGCAAUACUUGGCCCUUCUGCAGUCUGUCCUCCUGUCCUUAAUAGUGCCCCACUUCAACGUCAACAUAGCACAGGAAACAGCACAGCAAAGGAAAAGCAGAAGCAAAGUAUAGACUCUUUCAAACCUGCCCCCAGAAUGCCUUCAGACAGCAUUAAUGUGGAAGAUAGUAGUCCUUCAUUUACUAGGACUUCCACAUCCGAUGACAGCAUCAGUGGAUUUCCAGGAAGUGAGUCAUCACAGUCACCAUCCCAGGACUCAGACAGGGUUGAAUGCAGUGAGGAACACGAUAUGUUUCAUGGCAAGACCCCUACUGAAGAGACUGAGCCCAGCACUAAGCUCACCUCUAUGAAGACAGCCAAUCAAUCUGUUGAUGAUGAUGCAACAGAGAAGGUGUUUCUUCUCCCUGAUGAUGGCAUUACUGACAGUUUCCCUGCUCCAAAGGAGCCAAACACACAGGUAUUUUCUGAAAUGUCUAGUGAGUUGGCUAAGUCUUCAGAGAUAUGUGGUAAGGACAUUGCUGAGUCAGUUGAAUGUUUGCCGAAAUCAGAAGGCAUGGUCAGUUCUGUCACUAAACAGAAGCAACAGUCAGAAGCUGAGAGAACUUUGCAGCAGCAGCAACAGCAGCAGUCAGAAAGUGAAAGACUUUUGCAACAACAACAACAGCCAAAGACUGAGAGACCUUUGCUGCAACAACAGCAACAGCCAGAAGCUGAGUGUCCAUUGCAAGAACAACAACAGCAGCAACAACCAGAAGCUGAGAGACCUUUGCAGCAGCAACAACAACAACAGCAGCCAGAAGCUGAGAGUCCAGUGCCAAAACAGCAGCAGCAGCAGCAAGAAGCUGAGAGACCUUUGCAAAAUCAACAGCAGCAACCACCAGAAGCUGAAAAACCUUUGCAGCAGCAACAACAAAAGCCAGAAGGUGAACAACUUCCAGAAAAACAACAGCAAUUGCAAGAAGAGCAGCAACCACCACCAUCACCAUCAUUAGUUCCGGAAAUAGAACAAUCUUCAGAUCAACCAUCCCAAUUGGCUGCACCAACAAAACCAGUCAAAAAGAAACUGAAGGGAAAAGUUUUGAAGAAAAAAGCACCUCCCAAAUUUCCUGGGGCUGCUAACUGGAAAGUUCAGGAUGGUGAUGAUGACAUAAAGAUAAUGAUAUCAGAAAAGAAAUCAUCUCCAUCAACAGCAGAGAUACCCAGUAACAUUGGAGUAGAUCAGCAUAUCAACAGCCCUGUGGACAUGGUCUCUUCUUACCCCGAGCAAAGCUCACCAAAUGAAGAGCAUUCACCUCUCAAGGAGAAACCAAAUAAAAAGAGUCUUUCAAAACUUGUCCGGAAGGGCAAAGAUAAAAUCCCUGUGGUUCAAGUGCCUCCUCAGAUCAACAGACAGGACUUGACAUGUGAUGACAAGAUCAAGGUUGAUCCUUCUUCUUCUUCUUCUCCAUUCAACUGCAUUCCUCAAUUAGAGACAAGCCUUUCUUCGGAUUCUUACCCAGAGAUGGCUCCAGAUUUCGUUGCUGAUGAAACAGAUUCUCAAGAUAUUGCAAAUGAAGGAUUUGUACCCGCUUCAGAAGUUUUCAAUGAAUCCACAGCAUGGGAGAUGUUAGAGAAAUUUGGAGAAGAAGGAAAUUUCAAGGAUUCUGACCAGGCCCCACAGUUGGUAUAUAUGAAACUAGAACCUCAUUCAACACCAUCUCCUUCUGUUGGAGCUGUAGCAGCUGGGAUGCUUGAUUCAGCAGGCAGCCAGCAUAUUACAAAUGGAGAAAGAGGGGGAGGAACACAUGGAAUCACCGAGGGGAAUGAAUUUAGACAGAUGACAUCUUCGGAACCAUCCAACAAGGCAUCUAUCAAUAAAAUAUAUCGACACCAUCCCAAUAAAUCUCUUGAUGCUAAAUCAGGAGGAGGCGGAACAGCCGCCAUGAAAAAAAGGGAGUUUGAUAAUGUUGACAACAUGUCAUUUAGUCAAAAAGAAGAAAAGUUUGAUAAAGAAGAAAAAGAAACUGAUGACUUAGAAUUUUAUCAUGAUGCUCGAGACUUCCCUCCUGCCAUGGGAGAUUCUUGGGUGGAACAAAUUCACAACUUCACUGAAAUAGAAGAUUCGUCCAUAGGUCUGUCUCAGGACUCUUUGGAAGGAUUGUCCUGGUCACACACAGACAGUGGUCUUGUUUUGGACAGCCCACUCCCCUAUGGCUGCUGCUUUGAUGAGACCAAUGUGAAUGUGGUCAAUUACGAAGCCAAUAGCGAUAGUGGUGUUGCAGUGGAGACAGCCCCUGCCCAGCAUCCAUCGCAAGGAGCCAAUGGAACUGAAGCCAUUGUCCAAUUGGUACCGGAUUCAGGCAAGCAGCAACCGUCCAGCUCAGAUGCAUCUCAGGUUCUGAAAUAUUCGCAAUCAGAGUGGAACAAAAUGAAGCAGGAACAAGAGCUGGAAUUUCAGACGCGGCUACUCCAAAAGGAGAAGGAUUGGAGCAAGAAGCUGGCAGAGAAGGAGCGUCGUAUCACUGACCAUGAAAAGAGAAUUAUGUUACUUGAUGACCAAUGUCGGAACUUGAAACAAUCCAAUGAAGAUAUGAGGCUGAUUGUUGCAGAAUUUGAAAAAACAAUUUCACAGUUACAAGCUGAAAAAGAGAAGUCGAAAAGUGCCUCCCAGGAAUCAAUGGAAACUCUAAUACGGGAACGUGAUCAAGCCCUUGAAGAUUUACAAUCUGUGGAAACAGCAUUCUCAGAUCUUCAUCGACGUUACGAGAAAACAAAAAAUGUUGUAGAAGGUUUUAAGAAAAAUGAAGAAAUUUUAAAGAAAUGCGUCCAAGACUACCAACAGAAAAUCACCCGAGCAGAACAAAAACUGGCUGCCAUCCGACAACAAGCUGAAGAUAAACUAGAAAAAGCCAACUCUGAAAUAGACAAAGUGCGACGUAGUACUUCUGCAGAAAUUGCAAAAUUGGAAGCUGCAUUGAAAAAGAGUGAGGUUCAGGUUCAGUCGAUGGAAAGGACAAUAGAACAGAAAGCAUUAGAGAAUCAGGAAUUAACUGCCAUCUGUGAUGAAUUGAUUGCUAAAGUUGGAGAUGUGUCGUAGCAGUGACUUAUUAACCACCCAACCCCUAUCCCUUUCUAACAGACUAUCAUUUAGCUUUAUUUUUUUUUUUCUUUGCUAUCUCCUCUCUACAUAAAAACUUUGAUUCCUUGUUC